UUUAUGCUCACAAUUCCACAAUUGUUGGGUCAGAUGCUCUCCGCAAGUCACUGCCGUAGGAAACUGCUUUUCAAUUACAUGCCAUGUGCUUACCGAGAUCCUUACGGUCUUCAACAAAUUAUUUUUUCCUUUUUAUAUCCCAAAAAUUUAUGUAUAUAUAUAAUACACCUUCCUAAAUCAUCUUAAUCACACAAAUAAGAAUUAAACACAUAAUUAUCCAUUAAUCCUAUCUCUAAUUAUCAUGAUAUUUUCUUCAAAUGGGCACCAUAUGGUGCUUAAGCUAGUUAUUGUAGUUGUUCUAAUGGUAUUGAGUUCUACUGCCUAUGGAGCAGGCAGUUUUUACGACGAGUUCGACCCUACAUUUGGUGAUCAUAGAGUUCAGAUUUCGGGUCCUGGUAAUCGGGACCUUUCGCUUACCUUAGACCAAUAUUCGGGUUCAGGAUUUCGAUCUAAGAAGGAAUUUUUGUAUGGAAGGAUUGAUAUGCAAAUAAAGCUCAUUGCCGGUGACUCAGCUGGCACUGUCACUACCUUUUAUUUAACAUCGGAUCAAAGUACAGGAAUACAUGAUGAAAUUGAUUUUGAAUUCCUUGGAAAUUCAAGUGGGCACCCUUACACUGUCCACACUAAUGUGUUUAGCCAAGGUCAAGGCAACAGGGAGCAACAAUUUCACCUUUGGUUUGACCCAUCUAAGGCCUUUCAUACCUAUUCCAUUGUUUGGAACCCUAAACUCAUCAUGUUUUUGGUGGACAAUAUACCACUGAGAGUAUUCAGAAACUACGAGAAUCAUGGAAUUAUGUUCUUCCCUAAGAAUCAAAGGCAAAGAAUAUAUGCUAGUCUUUGGGAAGCCGACGAUUGGGCAACACAAGGUGGUCGAGUCAAGACUGAUUGGUCUAAAGCUCCAUUCAAAGCUUACUAUCGUAACUUCAACAUUGAUACCUCAGACAAAGGAGCAUGGAAAACCCAUGAUCUUGAUGAAAAUAGUAGGAGAAGAUUGAGAUGGGUUCAAAAGAACUAUAUGAUUUAUGAUUAUUGUAGUGAUUGGAAGAGAUUUUCUCAAUCUUUUCCUCCUGAGUGCAAAAAUUCCAAAUUUAAUUAAGGGGUCUCUCAAGCAAAUGCAAAUUCAGGAUAAAAGUAUGAAGUGGGCCACAGACUCACGUUUAUAUGCGUUGAACUGAUCCAGUUUUCAUUCUUCUAUUUUAUAUGUUACGAAAUUCAUUAUUAAUAUGAUUGGCUAUGUAUUGGUG